ACGAUCUUGUCCGCCGCCGGACAGUCCACUCUCGAUUUUGUUGUUCGCGUUUCCAAUACUUACUCUUCUUGCCCUAUCACCUUUACCUGAAUACCCCUGGAGUUUUGCAUAUAAAGACCAUGGACUUCCUCGUCCAAUUUCUCAUUCUCCCCGAGUCCUACAACCCGAGCUACCACAGAAAAGGCGUCUCCCUCCUCUUUCGCUCCUCCCGAAAUGCGAUCUUCUCUGGUUUUUGUAGCGCUCGCAUCCACCUCUCUGGCAAGAUACCACGCUCCUUUGGACAUUCAUCAGGACCCUGAGUCCACUGAGGCUAUUGUCUUCUCUCUUUCUGCGUUGAACAAUCACGGCGCGCCUAUACCACCUAAAUCUUUCGGUUCUCGUCCUGGGUGGUACCUUGGCGACGAUCCAGCUUCGGCAGACGGUCUUCCGUGGCUGAGGGACAUGGACUUGUGUGCAAGCCUUGCUCAAAGUGCGAAUGCUAUCAAAUGUCCACCCAUUAAAAAGAGUGCGACAAAAACACUUCCCAAACGUUCUGUUUCCGCCGCUCCCACCACAACAGCGGCGACGACGCAAUCUACAUCUACACCUUCAUAUUACACAAUUUUUAGCGGCCUUGAUGGAGCUAUUGAAGGCUCAGGCUAUCUAACGUACGGACUCGUUGAUACCAUUAGCGAUUGUGAAUCAAUGUGCAACAGAGUUACCGGUUGUAUUUUCAUCAACACGUACCAUGACGUGAAUGGAAAGAACGGAAGUCCUGAACUGACUUGUUCGUUAUACUCGGAACUUCAUACUUCGGCGGAGGCUAUUAACAAGGGAGGACAGACGCAACCCGACGGUUCAAUUGACUAUGUCACGGACAGUGAUGGCUACGGUUUAAGCUCUUAAUCUUCACUUCUUCAAGGGACAUACAUAGUAUAGAACUUUUAGGUAUUCAUUUUUGUUUUCGCGGAUACAUAUCG